CUUUCACUCGCUACAGUCACAGCCUCCCUAAUAGCAAGGGGAUUGGUCGUGUCUUCGGAUCAGCCAAUCGGAGCGUGUGAAGGAGGCGGGUAUAUACAAGUUGUUUGUACUGCUGAUCCGGGACAGAGCGGAAAUGUUACAAAAAUAUAGCGCAUUUUGUAUCUGCAUCCUCUGCUGCCUGGUUGCCUCCCUGAGUGGCCACAUUGUGGCUUAUUACACUGCUGCUGUGUAUGAACACCAUGCCAUCCUCAACCAGAAUUCCACCACUCUGACUGACCGCAAAGCUGCGCUGGAAUUUAUGCUUCAGAAUCUUGACAUCUAUGAAAUGCAAGUGGCUGCCGCAGCAGAAAAGGGUGCCCAGAUCAUUGUGUUUCCUGAGGAUGGAAUUCAUGGAUUUAAUUACACCAGGCAAUCUAUUUACCCAUAUUUGGAUUUUCUUCCGCCUACUCACCUACUCCCUUGGAAUCCAUGUCUAGAGCCUGACAGAUUCAAUGAUACAGAGGUGCUCCAGAGGCUAAGCUGCAUGGCAGUGAAGGGUGGAAUGUAUUUGGUUGCAAAUCUGGGAACUAAAGUACCGUGUGAGCCUCAUCAUUUUCAGUGCCCAGAUGGCAGGUACCAAUUCAAUACAAACGUUGUAUUUAGUUCCAAUGGCUCAUUUGUAGCCAGCUACUUCAAGCAAAACUUGUACUUUGAAUAUGGCUUUGAUACACCUAAUAAAGAACAGUAUGUGGUAUUCGACACGCCCUUUGCCAGCAAGUUUGGAAUGAUAACAUGCUUUGAUAUACUAUUUUACAAGCCUGCAGUAGGCCUUGUAGAAAAGCAUAUGGUGAAACAUAUCUUGUACCCAACAGCUUGGAUGAACCAGCUUCCUCUUUUGUCAGCCAUUCAGAUCCAGAGGGCUUUUGCUUCUGCUUUUGGUGUUAAUUUCUUGGCAGCAAAUAUUCACCAUACAGAACUGGGCAUGACUGGCAGUGGCAUUUACAGUCCAUCCAAGUCCUUCUUUUACUAUGAUAUGACAAGUGAAAAUGGUAAGCUGAUUAUAGGUAAGGUUCCGGUGGAUCCAUCUGAGGAAUUGUCCGCAGGUCACAAUGCACAGAUUUCUUUUGGGACUGACAAUAUGUAUAGCAAUCAGUUACACUGGAUACAUAGUGAAGUCUGUGAAGCAGAAAGAGGAGAACACUGUAGGGGAUCACCACUCAGGCACCAGAUGCCACCAUCAGUGUUCCAGGCAGAAAUGAUGUAUGAUAAUUUCACUUUUACCCCCCUGCCAGCGGUUCAAGGGGCAGUAAAAGUAUGUUCUUCUUCCUUCUGCUGUUAUCUGAAUUAUACAAAAACCAUGGUAUCAAAUGAAUUGUAUGCCCUGGGUGUUUUUGAUGGUCUCCACACAGUGCAUGGAACAUAUUACCUUCAGAUAUGUGCAUUGGUCAAGUGCGGUGGCCUGGAGCCGGAAACAUGCGGACAGGAGGUCACUGAGGCCGGUACCAUAAUAAACUUUCAGCUGUGGGGCAAUUUCACCACCAAACACAUCUUUCCUAUGCUGCUUACCUCUGGGAUGACUUUGCACCUCCCUAAUUCUUGGGGAUGGAAGGACGCUCACUGCUACAUGAACAACAAAAACAUGUCUUCUGGUUUAGUAACUGCUGCCUUGUAUGGAAGAUUGUAUAAUCAAGAUUAAACCUUCAUGCACCUCAA